AUGGUCACGAGACGACACGUUAGAGAAUUGGUGAAAAGGUACCUCCCUUCAAUCAACGUAGCUCACUUCCUUUGCAGUACCCUCUUGUUGAAUUAUCUGGUGGUGUACUUGGUAGUUACCGCCUUAUGGUUUUCUCCCGGGGGAGGAAAGAAGCAGCCUGUAGUAGGGGAGGUAAAAUUGAAGAGCACUCUCGCACUAGAACAGAAGUACUACACACACAGGAGAGCAUAUAACCAUGAUGACGUCGUCACGCACAUAGUCUGUUUGACCUACGUCCUUUUUUGUGUCCUUUUCAAUGGUACUAAGCUUGUGAACGUAUGGGUACAGACGAGGCGGAAGAAAGAGGCCCAGCUGGAGGGACAAAUGAAUGGGUCAAUCAAACAGGAGAUAACAUCGUAG